AUGGACUCGUGGCAGAGCUUCGCCGACGGCCUUGGUUCCUUCGAUGCGAACACCGACCAACAUCGCCAAAACCUUGUGGAUAGGCACGACGAGACGUGUCGAUGGGUCUUUGAGACGUCCGAGUAUCGCGAAUGGAUAGAGGACCAGGGAAAAUUCCUCUUGAUGACCGGUCCUCCCGGUGUGGGGAAGUCGGUCCUGGCGUCGGUGGUUAUCGAAGAACUGCGGCGACAACAGCAAAUCGUCACGUAUUGGUUCUGCGGUCGUGAAAGCACGCAGAACCCAAACGCUCUGGCAAGAUGUGUUCUGAAACAACUGGUCGAAGAGACAGUCGGCGGUUACACACCGUCGUCUUCGAUCUAUGAGUUGAGAAGUAUGAAUGAAGACGAUGACGAUCCUGGACAGCUAUGGGAUGCGUUGACAACUCUCCUGCGCACCAUCAACCAAGUUCCACGUCCAGUCUACUUGGUCAUCGACGGUCUCGAUCAUCUGAGCGACGAUACCUUAGGUGACGUGACGUCGACUCUCCAAAGGCUUCACACCGAACACAACUUCGACGUCUUCGUCACGGCGAGAUGCCUGCUUCCUCAACUCGACAUCCUCGGUCUCACAGCUACCUUGGAGUACACCGACGGCGGAGAGGACUUGAACCAAUACAUCAUAGCCAGCCUAAGGUCUAACACAGAGCUGCUUCCCAGGGCAUCAGAACUCGCGGAAGCCGUCAUGGAGGGGUCCGAGGGAUUAUUCUCUUUUGCCGACCAGAUCCUAGAUUGUCUGCUGGAGGCGCCCUAUUCCGAACCAGACGGCAAAAGCCCGGCGGCGUGGACCGCAAUGGACACCAAACUCGGCCUCUUCUUCGACGGCUUACUAGAGCGUGUUCUCAGCCAGCCAGAUACCAGCGCGACGUGUUGCGCAUUCAGAUGGAUCCUCUUCGCCCGCAGGCCCCUUUCGAUGAGGGAGCUCCAGCACGCGCUCGCCGACAAUGCCACCAAGCAUCUAUGGAACACGAAGGAACCUCUUCACCAGGCGGUGGAGCCCCUUUAUCAUACGGUUGAGCCAGACACCGUCAUUGCGGCACUGAGAGGCUUGGUGCGGGUUGACAAGAUCACGGGGAUGGUCUCGUUCUUCCACUCGGCCGCGGAGGGGUACUUCCGUCAACGUUCGGAGCGGUUUCCAAAUGCGCAGGAGGAGAUAACCGCGUCUUGUGUGCGGUUGUUGACGUUUGCUUGUCUUCCUUCCCCGAGCGAGGCCAACUGGGUCAUCGAAGAUUCCACAGAUAUCAAAAGAGAACAAUCGACAUCCUCUCGUAACGGGCUGAAUGGCUCCGAAGAUACAGCUGAAGAAACUCCGGCUCACAGCCCCUGGCUUCCGCGCAUGAUGGACAAGCUAUACCAUCCCACGCAGUCCUAUUCCCACCAAUACCGACCCGCGCAGAACCCCUUUCAAGUCAAGCUCCAAAUGCCAUCCAACAAGGGCUUCUUCCAGUCCAAGAGAGGAUACGAGGAGAAGUUACGCCUACAGCCUUCGCUGCAGUACGCGGCCUGUAAUUGGGGCUACCACGCCCAAGCAUCUGCCGAACUCAGCGAGGAUGUCUUGGACCUGCUACGAGACAAGACAAGAGUUGAGGGCAUAAGCCAGACCAUCGCCUUCGAAAAGGCUGGCUACACCGAAAAGUUUCCCCAAGACGUCACCGGCCUCCACCUCGCCGCCUACUUCGGACUCGCACACGCAGCGACCCGCCUCCUCAAAGACGGCGUCCCGGUCAGCAGCAGGGACAGCCGUGGAGAGACGCCGCUCUGGUGGGCCGUCAAAGACGACCAGCACGAGGUCGCCCGGCUUCUCAGCUUCAAGGACACCGUAACCCUGCAUCUCCUCAUCCGGGCCAAGCAGAAGACGUUGAUGCCGCUGCUCGAGGCCCUGCUGGAAGCUGGGUACAACGUCAACACGGCUGACAUCGAGAAGUGGACGCCCCUGCACGCCGCCGUGGCCUCGGGGGACGUCCAAGUGGCCGAGAGGCUGGUCGUCGCAGGCGCGGACGUCGACGCGCGGGACGUCAACGGCGCGACGCCGCUUGGCCUGGCGCUGGAGUCGCGCAACUUUGAGCUGAUACAGAUUCUCGUCGCCAACGGCGCCGAUACGAGAGGCGUGGACUUGGAGAGGAUACGCGGGGUGUUUGGGUUGCAGGAUGAUGACUCGCUUGAGAUGUACGAGGACGGCGAGGGGAGGCGGAUCUUGAGACAGAUUCCGAGGGAGUUCUCGUGGACUGCGGCGAACGAGGAUGACACCGGGAGGUUCUCCAUUAACCUCCUCAACCUGAACAAACACCUCCCGGGCCUCCGCGACCUGAGCGUGGAGCAGCUGCACAGUCUCAAGCCUGACGCGCCCUUCGUCCUCCGCAUCCAUCAGUCGACGGAUGUGGAGCACGAGAAGAGCACGUGGGUCUACUACCUCAAGAUCGAGCUGCCGGCGGCGUCGCUCGAGUCCCGGAAGUACCGCGCCCUGGGGAUCUGCUGGAACGUGGCACCGCACACGGACGACCACGGCGUGCAGUCGUGGACCACGACGGCGCACCUAAGUAAUCUUCAGGACAUCUGGUUGCCGUCCAAGGGCAUCGAGCUGUUCCGGGCCUUUGUCUCGCAGGUUCGGCGGAGGUGGGGUUUGCUAGUUAAGAAUACCAUCAGCAUGGUGAACAGCGAUAGACGCCGCGAGGUCCUGGGCGCGAACGGCGGCGACCCCAACCUCCUCGGCACGCUCCUGAAAGACGCGCUGAAGUCCGUCAACUACCGACAGCGGCUGCAGGUGACGGCCGGCGAGGCCAAGGUGUUCGCGACGGAGUACUGCCACCGGCACGACGACGUCGGCGAGCUCGAGGGGCUCCUGGGGCUGAUCGACGCGUUUGCGGAGGACGUGGGGGAUUACAUCGGGCAGUUGGACGAGAUUUCGAGGGAUCUCAUCCAGAUGGAGUUCAACUUGGUCUCGAUCAACGAGGCGAGGCAGUCAGUGAAGAUGGCGGCUAGUUUGAAGCGGUUGAGCUGGAUUACCUUCAUCUUUCUUCCUCUCACCUUCGUUGCGACGUCAUUCGGUAUGAACAUUGACAUCCUGGCGGAGGAACCUCCGUGGUACUAUUACCUCCCAUUCGCCGGCGCCACCAUACUGCUCACAUCGGCAGUAUGGCUCAUCUUCAAAUACAGCAGACUGGAGGAAAAGAUCGAAAGAGUCAUGGCAUCGGUGUUACAGAAGCGGAAAAACCGCGAUGGUCAACUGAUGUACAUCUCAUGA